AUUGGCAGAUAUUACAUACUGAGGGAAGAGUGGGUGUAACUAAAGUGAGCUCCGCCCAGAAAUCUAUUCAAAGUUUAAAUUCAAAAGUUAAAGUGACUCCUCAUCAUUUAGUUUUGAACAGCACCAAUGCACUUAACAUCAUUAAAGAUUAUGAUGUAAUUUUAGAUGCAAGUGAUAACGUUGCUACAAGAUAUUUAUUGAAUGACUCUUGUGUUCUAUUAAAGAAGCCACUAGUCUCUGGAAGUGCAUUAAGAUUUGAAGGUCAGCUCACAGUUUAUAACUAUAAAGGAGGACCGUGUUACCGUUGUCUGUUCCCUUGUCCUCCUCCGCCUCACUGUGUCACCAACUGCUCUGAAGGAGGCGUGGUCGGUGUAGUUCCUGGUGUAAUUGGGUCACUACAAGCAUUGGAAGCAAUGAAGAUUAUAACUGACAUUGGAGAUCCUAUGAUUUCAAAAUUAUUAUUAUUUGAUGGGUUUUCCGGCACAUUUAGGCACAUCAAGCUAAGAGAGCGUAACCCGGAGUGUUCAAUAUGUGGGGAUGACCCUACAAUCAAGGAACUAAUUGAUUAUGAGCAGUUCUGUGGCUCUAAACCUAAUGACAAAGAGAGACAAAAAGAACUACUUACUGAGAAUCAGAGGAUAUCUUGUGCAGAUUACAAGGCUUUGCUUGAUGAGGGUGUUCCUCAUUUGCUACUUGACGUGAGGGAACCAGUAGAGUAUGACAUAUGUCACCUCCCACAUUCACAUAAUAUUCCCUUGUCACAGCUGCAAAAAUCAAAAGACAUUUUGUCACUAUUAAAUACCCCAUUGCCUAAUGACAAUAAAAGAGGUACUGGUUGCAUUUUUGUUUGUUAAGUUGAUUAAGUCUCACAUGUGUUGCGAAAAAAUUCUUUAAAACAUGUUAGAUCUA